AUGGACCCAGAAGCUCUAAACAGGGAGCUCAGUCUCGCAGGAGACAAGGAGAGCAUCGCCAUGGAGCAAGAUAUCCGUAUCGAUCCUAAGCGGGAACGUCAACUGACCCGAAAACUGGAUCUCUUCAUUGCGCCAAUCAUGACAAUCAUCUUUCUCAAUGCCUAUCUUGAUAGAGCGAAUAUCGGAAAUGCAGCUUCCGCAGAAAUUCCACCCAAGUACGUUCCCCGAAACCACCAUCAGAACCCAACUAACAAAACAGGCCGCAUGAUUCCACUUCUCAUCUUCUGUUGGUCCGUCGUCCUUAUCGGCACAGGCUUCAUGCAUAACAAGGCACAACUAUACGCAAGCCGUCUCCUGCUCGGUGUCUUCGAAUCCGGAAUCUUCCCGUGUCUGGCCCUCUAUCUCAGCACGUUCUACCAGCCACAAGAGCAGGCCCUCCGAGUAUCAUACCUCUUUGUGUCGUCUGCAUUAUCGGGUUCAUUUGGCGGUUUAUUCGCCUACGCGCUGCUUAAAAUGGACGGUAUAUCUGGCCUCCAAGGCUGGCGCUGGCUAUUCAUCAUCGAGGGCUGUGGAAGCGUUCUCAUCGCUAUCCUUGUCUUCUUUGUCUUGCCGGACAAUUUUGAGACAGCCAAGUUUCUCAACGAAGAGGAUAAGAAACUCAUGCGAAUUCGGGCCGAGAUCAAUGCAAGAUAUAACGGCAAGCCUGAUUUCGAUUGGAAAGAAGUCCGCAAGGCUGCUACAGAUGUCAAGUUGUAUAUCAGUUGUUGGAGUCAGUUCAUGGCCGACAUAUGCUCCUUUGGGUUGUCGAGUUUCCUACCUCUCAUCAUCAAGUCCUUUGGCUAUGGAACCGUCACAACGCAACUUCUCACAAUUCCAGUAUUUUUCUGGGCCUCGUUUGCGUACAUUGUUAUCUCUUACUUUUCCGACAAGUUUAAACGACGUGCAUUCUUCAUGAUGCCCGCCUGCUUUGUUACGGCUAUUGGAUACGCCGUGAACCUGGGUAUACCAGUUACAAACAGGGCAGUGUUGUAUUUUUCGACAUUUCUCAUCGCACCGGGCGUGUAUAUUAUUGUUGGACUGAACUGCGCGUGGCUGCUCAAUAGCCAUGCACCGUAUUAUAAACGUGCAAUGGCGAUUGGCAUGAAUCAGUCCAUUGGUAACUGCGCUGGAAUUGUGGUAAGUUCCCCAUCAGAUAUGUUGAAAUGGAUGUAUUGGCUUGGAUGCUAA